CACACACCCAAAGCAGGUGGAGCCAAAACAGCAGGAUAGGACAAGCUGCAGACUUUUAUAGAGGAGAGCUCCGAUAUGAAAGUACAUUAUCACAAGGGCCAGCCUGUUAAGGAGACACGUUAUUCAGCCUUGACCGACAAGAGUGAAAACAGACUGAUAAUUGGAUAUUCAUCAUGGAGAUCAAUCGUGUACUGAGUGAAGAUCAGAUUGACUUUCUCUCUACUGAGUACAUCGUGUUACUCAUUCCCAGUGUGAUUGGGAGUUUUUCUGUCCUGGCGGUUUCCAUAUGGAAAUGGAGACGUCUACACCAACAGGUACACCUCCUGGUGCAGCUCGCCCUGGCGGACCUCCUGGCUGCUCUGAUCCUGAUGUCCACCAGUAUCAUGAACAAAGUCAGCACUGAAAACAGUAUGUUUGUCUGCCAAUACCUCCUGCCGCUGUCACUGACAUUUUAUUUGAUUUCAUUUCUGCUGGUGGUGCUUUACGCAUGGAAGUCCAAGAACGCAUUCCAAGGGUGGAGAGCAAGACCCACAGAGGACGAACGGGGACAGAGUCGGAGUAGAAGGAAAAUAGUCACUAUACCUGUCUAUGCCUUUGUUUGGUUGAUCCCCAUGGCAUUAUACUUAGCAUAUGUGCUCACUCCCUUCAUAAAACCUACUUUGCUGUUUCCAGUCACUGACCGAUCAUUGAUCCUCCCUAAUAAUACCAAAUACUGCACCAGUUGUAUUUUGUUCUUGCACAUCUGGAGGGAUUCCUGCUCUGUAACUGAGAGACUGCAUGACAUUUUUAUCAUAGUUGUUCUUAUCCUCAUCGUGAUACCAGUGAUGCUGUCCUGCGCUGUCAUUUACUAUAAGGUUGGUAAAUGGUAUGAAAGACAUGAGCAGGAAGGACUUUUUCCUGUGGAGGGAGAUGGACGUUCAAGGAGGAGAUUCAAAAGAAUGAUUUCGACAGCAAGAAAUAUGGUGAUGGUCAUCUUGUUCUGCUGGACACCAGCUCUUGUCCUCAUUCUGCUGUCUACUCUGAUGAUGUGGACAACCAUUGAACAACGCAGCCUAUUUGGCAUUUUUGCGAUACAGGCUGCCAGUGUGUCCCUGCAAGGUUUCCUGAACAGUAUGGUUUACGCCUGGAGGCGGCCCAACUUCACGGAGGCUGUUCUUGGGGAGAAUACACCCCUGGUGGCACACGACCGCCUGGCCUUCUUUGAGGAAUCACUGAGGAGCUCGUAGUGAUUGUUGACUCUAAAUGCAUUCAGAGACAUUGUUGUGCCGCAGGAACAACACUCUGGCCUGAGAAAGACUGACUGCACGCCUGCACACUACAUGACUUCGUGUCAAUCAUUGUGAAACACAAAACUAUUUCAUUUGAGGACUGGGGAUGAAAAGAAAUAGAACAAAAAGUUAAAGGAUGCACAAAGACUCUUUAAAAAACACCAACUGAUG